AAAUAUAUCGAUUCUCACUCAAAGGAAAAAUCACCUGAGGUAACAUUUACCAAAACCAACAUGCUCGCGUUGACCAUAUUCGUUGACCACAUGAUCUUUCUUCUUGAUGAACGGCUUUAGACCCACUUCCCAAAUUUUUAUUCCCGAACUUUAUCCUAUCGUAAACACUGCUUUUGCCCUUGUUGUUUGCAGUACUAGAAACAUAGAACUCUUGUAGCAAAACAUCGAACACUUGUUAUCUUUCUCUGUUUCAUAUUGUGUCGUGAUUGACGGAUUUUAAUGGUGGCUAAACCUUCACUUCUUCUUCUUUCCUUCUUCUAUAGUUGUCUUUUUAUCUGAACAUAAAAUUAUAAAUUAAAAUUCCAUUUCCUAUCCUUUUAUUUUGCUUCUAACUUUGAACCAGUCCCUCCAAAUGUUUUUCUUCUUCUUUCUCUUCUCUUUCGUUCUCUCUUUCUUAUUAUUUUUCUUUUCUUUUUACUGUAAAAAUCUCCUUAAACAACAAGAAGAAGGAAAGUCCCAGAAUGAACCGGCCCUUUUGGGCGGCUCUCUCUCCGAUAUUGUUGAUAAAAAUGCCCAAACCCUGCAAAACGACCCGACCCAUUGGCCCCAUUCGCUUCUUCUAGAGAUCUUGCCUUCUGAUUCUAAAAAGUGGGCUGGUUUGUUUACCGGUGAAGAUCAACCCAAGGGAGAUACGGGUCAAGUCGGGUCGGGUCGAGGAGGGGAACCUUGUGAAACGGGUGGUGAGGAUCAGAGCACGAAGAAGAAGAAGAAAAGGGGGAAGAAGAAGAGAUUAGAUUCCAAAGUUGAAGAAGAAAAUGUGGACGCAAGAUGUAGUUUUGCUGAGGAAGAGAAGAAGAAAAGGGAAGAAUCGUGUCAGGGUGUUUCGGGUUCUCGGGUCAAGCCAGAGCUGGUUUGCCUGUACCCUUUUACAUCAACGAGUAGCGCAACGCAAAGGAAGAUCAAGCAACAGUACGAUCAGCUUGUUAAGUGUCAUGAAAACAAAGGAUUAACAUUGGCUCAGGUUGGAGAAUUUGCUAAUUGCUUGAUUGAGGCCAGAAAUGAGCUGCAGCACAAGUCUGAGGUCAUCAAACGUAAGUUUACAAUAACAAAGGCUCUAAUAUUCAAAGCAGAUCGAUCUUCAUUUGAUCGCCUGAGGCAGCAGAUAUACAAGCUAGAAAUGGAACAAAAGAGAUUAGAAGAGGACACAUUUGUCUAUAAUUGGCUCCAGCAGCAACUUAAACUAUCACCAGCAUAUAAAAAGAUGCUUGAAAUUGGUGCAUGCAUGGAGUUAAAGGCGAAGUCUGGUGAGGUGAUGGAAGGCACAGAUACUGAAUUUGCCGACAUUUCUUUCGAAGAGUUAUUAGCUCAGGAAAAGAAGGAUUCAUUUUGGCAGAAAAAUGGGAAAUCAAGAUUAAGCUCAAACUGAUGACAAUAUUUGUUUAGCUAACUCUACUCUGGAACCGCACCUCUUUUCCUAGUUCCCCAAUGGAAGCUAUUCGAUCCUACAGAAUGACAUAGAGUCUGAUUAUUGCACCAUGUCCAGCCGAAUUCCAGCCCUCUGCUCGCCGCGAGCACCACCUUCCAAGAUCAAACAUCUGCUUAUUCUAUCGCUCAAAUCUUGAUAUUUGCCCUGCCUGACAUUGGGGUUUACUAGAUCUUCUAUCGCUCAAGCAUAUGCUUCCAGAUUGAAGCCUAUGAAUAGUAGGGGUGGUGUUAUUAUAUAUUUUCCAAACUUGAAAAUAUUACUGUUGAAUAUGAAGAAGAUUGCUUUUUAACAGAGUUGCUUAAUAAAUGCGUUCAAGUUGAAAUGGCUUAUUCUGUCACGACAGAUUCCAUGACCUGCACUCCCUUAACGUGUCCGAGCCGAAAAGCGAAAUGGGUUCAACCAUGAACUAUAUUUUCAUGCUCAUUUUUGUUAGGGUAAACGUAGUUUUCUUUCGCAUGAAAUUACAGAUUGAAAAAAAAAAAAAUCAUAAAUAUUAGAUUUAUUAAAAAAAAAAAACUUGUAAAGAUAGUUACAAAAAUCGAUUCACUUAAGCUUUGAUUUUAACCUUAGCUUUAAUAAUAGAUUUGAUUGCACGAGAAUUCUGGCAAUUGUGUCAAUCUUUUUUAUACAAGAAAGGUCAAAGAUGUCAAAGUCUUAUAUGUCAUAUAUUUCUAAUAUUUUUUUCACCGGACAAAGGAAGCAAGGGUCAGCUGAGCUCUAAUUCUUUCAUUGGUUUAUCCGAACACUCAUCCACAAAAGCAUUGCACGGAAAUACGAUGCGAGGUUCUGACACACAGCCAUUUACCAUAUCCUUAUUCCAAAGUUUAUAAAAACGGCUGAUUCCUCUGACUUUGUUUGUUAAGUCCGACAGUAACCGC